AUCACACACGGACUGAGCAUAGUAUAGCAUGUUGCCGCAGUGCAUGCUGCCAUGUCCUGUUUCCUUGUUAUUGGAAUCGGAUCAAAUGUACUCGUCACGUGUAGACCUAUAUGGCUUAACUGGAACACAGCCUGCCUGACCUGUGUGCUCCAAAGUAGCUUCCUCAGUUUGUCCAAAGUGUUCCUUAAUUCUAAUACCACAAACGACUGGCGGGAACCUACAGACGUACAAGGAAGGGACUUCAUUCUGUUAUCAACCUCCAGUCAUCCAAGGAGUUAAUAUAUGCAUGGAGGUGUGUUCCUUCCUCCAUGAUAUAUGCCUAUGAGGAGGUUUAAUUCAUCGGUUGACAAUUCUGUUAACUUGUCUGCUUGCAGAAUGUCCUUGGUGCCUCACGUCUUCCACUGAGUUAGACCUACACUACAGGGAAACCUCAGGCUGGGUCUCCUCCGUCCGAGUUGCCAUCAUGUGUGGUUCGCCGUGUACCCCUAAUCGUAUCUGGUCUUGGCUAGUUCAUCAUUUCCCACCGCACCCGACGGACUUCGGCCUGAGUGAAGAUGCCACACUUUUCAUGCACUCCCAGUGGUCCAUACCUCAGCCCGUCUUUAUCGCCUACCGAGCCUUCUUGGCCUGUUACACUUUCGCUUGGCUUAUUAUGUCUAUCGUCAAUGCGGGCCAGACAACGGGGCUGGGUGGAUUUUUUGUCUUCCUGACCAACUGGACCUACAUUUUGCUCAGUUUUUAUCUCGUCAUCUCAUGCAUAUCCACAUCCUAUGCCUCGUACAGGACCAGACAGUGCCCAUCAGAUGGAAACCUCAACAAAGCCGAGGCUGCCCCCAUUCGUCAACCGGGAAGCAAUGACAACUACCCGCAGUCAUCUUCACCAGAUUCCGAAUCGUCAGGUUCAGUGCCAGAAGACAUAUCUCCUCAGACAACUCCCACACGGCUACCGUUCUACUUCAAGAUCACCUGGGUGCUCCUCAACGUGUGUCUUGCUUUUGGACCCAUCAUCAGCAUCAUCUACUGGGCUUUCAUCUUCGACCCCGAAUUCGUCUACGCCAAUCAGGGAGGCGCCUACGGAGUAGCGCUGACCGUCCACCGUCAUGCAUUCAACACGAUCUUCGUGUACCUCGACCUUGCCGUGUCUGCCUCACCGAUUACAUUCUGGCAUUUUGUCUAUCCCGUCGGGUACGGUCUGCUUUAUAUGUUCUUCUCCCUGGUGUAUUACUGGGCUGGAGGGACUAACCCUUACAUCGACAGCCCAGCCAUCUACCCUAGCCUUUUGGACUGGACCAACCCCGGAAAGACCAUCGGGGCGGUAAUAGCCUUCGCGGUUGUUGCAAUCGUCUUCCAUUCCGUCGCCUACGGCUGCUACCGGCUGCGGAUGUGCGUGGCGGGUAGGUUUGAUAUGCUGACUCGAGCCCAACUGCAGGCGAGAACCUUGCGAAAUGAGACCCACGCCGGGCCUGGGGAAGAGGAAAACCAGAGCACGGUCGUUGUGUGAGCGGCGACGGUGACGUCCUUAAAGGAUAUCUCAGAUGGAUGAAAGGACGCCCAUGCCAGUUUUCAAGAGUUGUUGACAAUGUUCGUUAUUGGUGCUUAGAGUUCGUGGUUACCACGCCUUUUUGGAUCUAGGGUGACCCUUUUUCACCUAAGAAAAAUUUUCACCUUCUUAAGGAAAAACAUGUAACUCUGAAGUACAUGUACAUGUAGUACUUACCUAUAUAUGGUUGCUUUCAAAAAGCUACCAACACUGUAACUCAACACAGAAUGUACAUAGAUUCGAGACAUCCUUAUUUCAUAAACUUCAAAGUAUAUCAAGGGCCUCACAACGUCACUUGAAGGUUUGUUUAUAAUGAAACAAUUCUGCGUGUUGCAAACCAAUCACUGAGUUCCAUGCCUUCGAUCUAAGUUUAGGAUAACAUAAGUAUACUUGAAAGGGUUGCGGUCUUAAUGGGAGACUCUAAGGCGCUUGGUGGCGACAAAUAUUCUGGUCGACGUCCUUUUUACCAGUUUUUAUAUAACGCAUGCAUAAUUCUGAGCGCACGUAGCACCUUGAAGAAGGACCGCUAUGUUUGUUGCCACCUGUGUCUCAAAAUCUCACACUGGUCUUUUGUUUAUACGUAAAAAUACUUGCUUUUCAUAGUCCAUGGAAUAGCGCGGUACACAGUCACAGCAUUGCAAAAUAAUUGGGUACUACUAGCAUUAUAAUGGGCUUUACAGAAUGACAAAAAAUCGAUUUGAAAUGGAUGAAGAAGUAAGAUGUUUUCUGUUA